CUCACAAAGAUUCCUCUCCAAGUUCAGGGAGGACGGUGCAUGAGGGCUUUCCCUUCUCCUCUCGGAGCCCUGGCUCUGCAGGAUGGGCCUGAGCUCCUCCAAGGCGCAGCCCAAGGUGACCAGAGUGGCCCCAGGGCCUGCUCUGGGUGCCCUGCCCGGGGAGCCAGGACAGCUCAGCCCGGCUGGGACACCCUGGGGAAAGCCCAUCUUCCACCUGGAGCUGCCACCCCUGCGGGAGACCUGGUACGGGAGAGCCUCUGCAGGGCCCCUCUCUUUGAACACCUUGCCAGGAAAGGACGGAGCCAGCAUCAUCAAGCAGCACCCACCUCGGAGGCCUCAAAGGCUUGAACCUGCCAUCCCUCCACAAGCCAUGGCUCCUGCCAAGCCCUGGAGUCAGCGAGCAGCGGCUGCAGGCCCAAAACCAAAGGUGCUGGAGAAAAGCGGGCAAAGCCUGAAUCCCCUCCCUGGCAGGAGGCAGCACUUGCACAAGCUUCAGAUGCUGGACUUGACCCGCAAGCGACGAGAGGCGGAGCUGAAGCGGAAUCUCCACAGGGAGGCGAAAAUCAAUAAGCAAAAAAUCAAGGAAUUCAGCCCCCAGGAUGUCCUUGAGAGUCCCCAGAGAGCUGACAGCACCAGAAACUCAGACCCUGUCCCUGCUGAGCACAGUCAGCAUUUUCAUGAAGAUGACCCUGGAAACAGGUGGGGUGGGGAGCUCUCCAGGCAGCCUGACAGGGCUGAGCUCUCUCCAGACAGGAGGGGGAAGGCUGAGCUGUGGUUCUGCAGGGAGCCACGGACCAGGGAUCCGUUCUGGGACUCCUCCAGCACAGGCUCCGAGGAGUGGGAGAGGGAAGAGAAGAUUCACCGCAAAGCCACGCUCGUGAGGACCAGGACAGAGAGAGUUUCCCUCUUUGAUGACUUCUUUGACAGGGAUUUCUAGUGGCAUGGCUUGGAUGUGCCAAAGAAACGAGGCCCAGCUCUGGAGGGGCUGGAACCCCCCCAGAGGGAUGGGCUGAGGUUGGAGACAGCGCUGUGGAAUUUCUGUGAGCACGGGCCAGUGGAAAGGACAUCUGGAAAGGAGGAGUUCACUGAUGUGGGGUGAAUAAAAACCCUCUGGGCUGUGUGGCUGAAUCAAAACAUCAGGGGAAGAAGCCUUGGAUGGAGCAACAGUGAAAUGGGGGUGGAGAGCAGGAGGGGGCUGGCAAAAAAAGAUAAAACUGAGCAGAAGCUGGGGAAAGUUCUGGGUUAACCCCAGAUAUUAAAUUUCAACUGAAAUGAAACGUUUCACUUGCCUUUGAGUUACUCAAUCUUCCUGUUUAAAUUUGGGUUAACCUUUUUUAAACCACAAACCCGAGUUCAAAAUGCAAGGGUAAAAAAAGAUUAAUUUAGAAAGUCUUUAUAUUAAAUUUUUUUGGCAUUUCUAAAAUUCUUCUUUGACCUUUGUGGCUUUUUUUAUUUUUUAAUUUCCUCUCCCCCCACCCUGUACUGGACACAGAAAUAUAUGUACUUUCUUCAGAACUAAUCUACAGAUUUAUAUCUAAUCUGAAAAAUCUGCCUUUGGUUCAGUUUUUUUUCCCCAGUUCAGGGUUCAGUGCUGGAGAGUGAAUGAUGGAAAGGGAGAAAUCUCCAUCUUUUCCUGCAGACACUCUCCCAGGGAUGCUGGUCAAGGCUGCAGCACUCACCAGGAAUUUGAACAAGCUGCCCUGUUGCAAUCUGGCAUUUCCAAGUAUAUUGAGAAAGAUGGUUAUAUGAAGGUGUCUGAUCUAUCAAAAACACUCAGUUUCCUUCUCAUAUAAACUGUAUUUUUAUCAAAUUAUCUCAUUUUCCUUACAAAAUAAUUUGUUACCUGAGAGGGAGCUUCACCCAAUUCUCCUGUCUCCUAUCUGGUUGUUCCUGGAGCUCUGUAAAGGCCACCAAGUUUGUGGAUUCAAAGCACUUCUAUAAAAGGAGAUUUCAGUUAAAUAUCCCACAGUUAUUUUAAUGUGGUGAACUGGAUUUGUAGGGAUCUGGUGAAACACAAGGGAGGCAGAGAUUUCACCAGCAGCCCUGAGGAACAGCCAGGUCUGAUUGCCAGCAGCAGUUUUGCCUCUGAAUCUGCAGAGUUGACAAAGAAGAGUUGACAAACUCUUUGUUAUAGAUACAUUUUAUAUUGUUGGCUUUUCACAAAUAUUAAAAUGAAUGUUAUGUGUAUAAGAAUGGAAAUUUUUGUUGUAUUAAUCUAGUUUUCUUUAUUUCUGUUAUUGAUGAAAUUUAGAAACAGUGGUAUAAUACAUAUAUGUUAGGCUAUAGCAUGGUAUUAAAAUAAAAACUGCUUUUGUCUGUAUAACCCAAAGACUGAAAAAGAUAGCUGGAGACACUUUCUUUUUCCUUUUGUAAACUAUCUUAUCCAGAUGAAGACAGCAGUGACCAGAACUCUGGGGGAGGAAUUUUUUGCAUUUCUGGUAUCAGAGAAUGUAAAUCUCAGUGGUGCCAAGAAGAUUGAUCUAUUGGGAAGGGGGCAAGAGAAAACUAAACAGAAGAACACCAAAGAUCCUAAGAAGAAUGUCUGAAUAUGUAUGAGAAUUUAUGGAUAUGUAGUAGGGUUCUGUUUUUAAGGGAUAAUCCUUUGUUAGUAAGGUGUGCUCUCUUGGCUGAAUGCAGAGACACCUGGCCAUAUCUGUAUACUUUACUUUAUUUUUAUCUCCUAAUUGUUUUUUUAUUAAACUUUUAAAUUCUAUAAAAAUUAUGUGAACCUCGUUUUUCACACUCUUCCUUGUGCCUCCUGCUUGGCUCCCUCUCUUCCCGCUUGGUCUUUCCAGAACUACCAGGGAACAAAACCUCUGCAGCUCAGCUCCUUGCUGCAGGGCAGGGAUUCCAGCUGUAACAAACAUCAUCAUCAUCACCACAGCCACUUUCAGCCGGAAGGAAACCUGAUGCUUUCAUUUUUCAGGCCAGAAUAAGAAGAUCUAGAGUCAAUUCUCAGUUACCAGGAUGAGCAGGGCUUGGGCAGCUCAGGACAGAUGGAGCUUGUCCUGCAUCACUGUCCCAAACCUGUGCUCCUUCCCACAGAGCUGUUGUGAGGUGUCUGCACCCUCAGAUUCCUGAUUUACACAGCCAGGAGGAGAGCAGGAGACACAUUUUUACACUUAUUUAAGGGAAUGAGACACCCAUGGCUGACUCACUUUCACCAGUAUUUAUCUUUAUUGAAAACCCCAGGCAGAGCAGGAGCUGGAAAUCACAGUCCAAGCCCCAAAUCAAGCUGGAGCCUCCCAGGACUGAGCUGCUCUGUCCUGAUUUCUCCUCCUUUUGACAUCCCUAAAUGUGUAUGGCCCAUUACAGAAUGUCCACAUGCUCCAUGGGGCAAACUGCACUUUGGAGAAAACCCACACACCAUGUGGGAUUUCACCAGAAAAACACAAAACCAAACCCCAGCACAGGGAAGGAAGAAGAAGAAGAGGAAUCAUUUUAAUGAGGAGAGCUGCUCAUAGCUAAUGAGUCCAUGUCUGGAGUCUGUUUUAAAAAUGCCCUGAGAACUUUACUGAUCAACACAGACAUCUUGUGUGAGCUGAAAAUAUCGUGAGAGCUUGGAACUCAGUGUUGAGGGUGUGCUGAAAAGGUCAAUGAUUUAAUGGGCUGGAACAAUUAAUCUGGCACUUGUCUAUACACCUGUUCUCUUAAUGAUGUGACACAUCUCCCUUCUGUGUUCCCAUCUGUCAACAAUUAAGCUAUAAUUGGUGGAAAUGCAAUUUAUCUCAGACAGAGCUGAUAAGUUUUCCAAUAAUCGUGUUGCCAGCCAUGAGGGAAGAGUGCUGCCCACGGAGAAGUGCCUGUGGACCACUCAAUCCAUAUCAGAGACUGCAGAGAAGACUCUCUGAGCGUUAAUUUAUCAAUCUACAGCGUGCACAAUUUGCUUGUACGGAAGGGAUAAAAUCAGCAAACCUGCUCCCAUCACAGGGGGAAUGGCUUCCUCCUGGCAGAGGGCAGGGUGAGGUGGGAAAUUGGGAAGAAUUCCUGGCUGUGAGGGUGCUGAGGCCCUGGCACAGGGUGCCCAGAGAAGCUGUGGCUGCCCCUGGAUCCCUGGACGUGCCCAAGGUCAGGUUGGAUGGGGUUUGGAGCAGCCUGGGAUAGUGGAAGGUGUCCCUGCCAUGGCAGGGGGUGGAAUGGGAUGGGCUUUAGGGUCCCUUCCAACCCAAACUAUUCUUUGAGUCUGUGAAAUACCUCUCAAAACUGCUUUUCUGUGCUGUUGAUUGUAUUAAUUCAUCACAACCUGUAGAGAGGCAGGUGACAUCUCAUCCUCCUCUUUCCAGCAUCCUUCCAGACACUGGAAAUGAAAACUUUUUCUUCGUUACUAAAGGUGUAACACAGACUUUUCUACAAACUGCAGAAGGUGUGGGAAGAAAAACCCCAACCAAGCUCCCAAAGUGUGUGUCCUGCAUCUCAGCAGUGGAGACUUUAGAGAGAGGCUUUCAGCUUUCAGCUGGAAUCCUUUGAAGGCUGAGCCAUCACAGCCAGCUCUAGAGAGGACACAACUCUGCACUCACCAUAUCUGAGCACACACAGCUUCAACCCCACCC